AUGGCGACCAGACCAGGCCCGAGCGGGGGCGCGGGUGCUUACGCCGACUGCGUCGACUCGCUACGCAGCUCCCUCAAAUUCCUCGAGGCCUCUGUGGAGACGAUUGAUCGUGGCGUGUCGGAUUUCCCCCGUAUGAUGGGUGUCCUCAAGACAGUUCGGCACUACGAACUCAUUCCGCAGCCUACUCUUGCUGCAGCUGAGGCCUCCCUCCGAGAUGAGAUUGGGCCCUACAUUGCCUUUUUGCUUAGCCGUGCCGACGCUCAAGUUGAGCGACAGGAACGCCGCAUUGAGACUCUCAAAGCUCGUGCCGAGUUGCAACAGGGACGGCUUGCUAGGCCAGAUGAACCAGUGCGCAAACCUGCUUCUGCAAAGAGUCGACAGCUACGUGGCGAGGACAAGCUUCGCGCGAGGAUAGUCCGCCAACGUAAGGAAGCUCUACGCUACGGCAUCGAAAGAUUGGAGCUUGAAGUGCUCCAGAAAGAAAGAGAAUUAAAGAAAACGCUUGGAUAG